AUGCAAGAACAGGUUAGAGAUCACAUAUUCUGCUGCUAUUGUUGUUUAAUGACAAACUAGAUUAUGUAAAAGAAAGUCCAAGGGAAAGAAAAAUUUUUUUUUCUUUUUUUUUUUUUCUAUUGAAUGAGAAGUGGUCCGGAUUAUGUUUAUUUCCUCAUGUUUACGGCCACAGACACCUCCAGUACUAAGGAAAGUAGACAGCUCAAUUAGACUUUAAUUAACAGUAAGUGGUUUUAUUGCAAAGACUUUAAAACGUGUAAAUGGUUGAUGUAAUUGAAGUGGUCAGCUGUUUGCACUGGGAUGCGGCAAUCUUCAUUAUUUUUCAGGUAUUUAGUUAGUUUAAUCCUUUACAGCCUCAGAGAUCUCACCUAUUAUUUAUUUAUUUUUUUAAUUGUUUUUCUUUGUAGAAUCACGUGGGACGCUCUCAGAAUAAAGUGCUGUUGCAAAAUAACACUUCCUACAUGACCACUAAGAAUUACGAGCGACCCACCAUAGCCUCGAAAUCUCGUUCUCCAUCCCCGUAUACGAGGAGGCGUAUGUGUGAGCUGUCUGAAGAUGCACGGCAAAGGCUGGCCCAUCUAAAUCUCGGUCCAUACGAAUUUAAGAAGGAGACUGAUAGCAAGCCUCCAUUUGUGGUCAGACAUGUAUGUUUAUCAAGUGUUGUUUUUUUCUGUUCCUCGUGACAUCUGUUUGUUAGUACAUGUGUUGAAGAUUGUGUAUUUGUUUCCUGUCCAUGUACAAAUUCUACAUUCUGUUGAGUACUGACUGCAGCCACCAUGAUCAAAUUUGUUAAUUAUUUUUUCUUGGCUGGCUUAUGCAGGGCACAUAUCGGUGAGCAGAACUUAUAUUUUCUUACAAGUUAAAAAAUCCUAACUCUAGUUCUUACACACUUCAUUCUCGCUUGUGCAAGACUCCAUAUUGAUGCUGAUGCAAUAUAAACAUUGUGUUCCAUAUUGGCACAGGUGCAUUUAAGGGAUAUUCUUGGCAGGAAAAAUGCUUAAUGAUAUAUAUGUGUAAAAAUAUUGUCCCAUAAAAGGUCUGUUGGUGUGUACAAGCGAACCUGAAAAGGGGAUAACCCUUAAUUUUGACAAUUAGAGAAAGUACACAGGUGCCCAGAGGAAAAAAAAAAAAAUCCAAUGGCCAGAAAAGGUUCUUUUAAAAAUAUAGCGCUUAUAUAAUGUUAAAAACAAUUCAUUUAUUUUAAUUGUAAGGAGAAAAGACAUAUAACGUAUAAAGAGCCACAAACAAAUAAAGGCUCUUUAUACAGAUAAGUUGGGGGAUACUCUAUAUUAGACUGGAUGUGAUGUUGACUGAGGAUGAUAGGGAUGGGAGUUGAAAAACCUAAAACGGUUUAUAUGUCCAUUGCAGUAAGCCACUUGUGGCUGUCAUAAAAGGCAAUAUAAAGCCAUGUAAAUCAUCACCAGAUUUCUGGGUAAAGCUGCAUUGAAUCUAAAUGUAUACACACAAACUGCCAACGGUUUGUAAAGUGCAAUUGACCAUUCUUGAAACUCUGUUGUGAUACAAAUGAUUUGCACACCUAUGCUAUAAAAAAGGUAUUGCAUCUCACUGUCUUGGACCUUAGAAGGACAUAGGCAAGAUAGAGCUAAACUCGAGAGGCAGCAAUUGCCCAGAGCACCUGCCUUGCAAAGACUUCUCAUUGAGCUGCAUUGGGAGUCUGUGAUUGGACAGCCACAGAAAGUGUGGGCUAGGGAAGAAAGGGAGGGCUUGCAGUAAGCCAAUAUUUCAUAUACCUCCAAAGAAAAAAUGCAGAAUUAAAGGACAUUCAUAUUUUCUCUGGGGCUAUAUCUACUAAAUUUGGUGCCUUCAAAAAAUAAAAAUGUAUUUAUUUAUUGGAGGACAGCUGAAAGUGAGGUGAGGGGGGUGAGGGUGCUGGGGGGAGGAGGUUGGAGAGUGCCCUAAAGAGUAAAGAUUCUGAAGGAUUUUUAUCUAAAUGUUGGAUGAUCUUCUGGUAACAAAGCCAUAUGAUAAAUAGGGAACGUGAUCAACCAAGCGUGCGUACAUUUCUUAGUACAGACAGAUAAAACUGUGAGUUAUACACAUACAAUAAAGCUUAAAAACAAGCAUUGUGGAACACAGACAUUUUCUACAUUUACCGUUCAGACAAGAUUUUCAUCAACCCCUAGUUCUAUGCGUUUAUCAAUGUAUCUUUUUAUAAUUUGUAUUUCUUCUCUCAGUAGACCUUUUUUUUUACUCCAGUAACAUACUGUUAUUUGUAUGUUUUUAAGAUGAAAACAUUCAGUAUUCCUCAUGACACUUCAUUUACCUUGCACUCGCCUAAAGGCAGUAGAAGACCAGAAGAAUGGGACGUAGAGUACAACGGUGAGUGCUUUCUCGCAUGUUUCGAUGUUGUGCUUAUAAUACAUUUUACACAGAGGCUUACACCAAAAUGUAAGGUCAUUCCAUGCCGUCCUAACUGCAUGAAAGCCCACUAUGGCUAGGAUGUCGUGGAAUGUCCUAGUCGCGUUAUAUGAUUACGGCACCCCAAUCUCCAUGCUGGAUAAUAGUUUUUGUACCCACUUUGACUGCAGCCACAAUUUGGUUAUAGGGGGAGGUGAUGGAAAAUAGAUGUUUGGGCGGUGCACUCGCUGGUGUCUGAUGACAUUGAAAAAGCUCUGUCUGUUCUUCUCUGACCUGUUCCAUUAUUAUUUGCAGAGGCCACUGUUAUAUAAUGGUGCAUGGUAUUAGCAGGAAUGGGAGAUCUUCUACUCGCUGUGAACUCAGGGUAUAAGUAGUUUUGCGUUGGGCCCAUAGGUACCUUGCUACCAAUAGGUUCCUGGGAAGAGCAUAAGGGCUGAUUGGCCAUUGUGACUAUGAACUGUGAUAUAUCCAUUUCUUUAAACAUCUAUUUUUACACCCCUGUUGUGAAACCCUUCAGUAAGCUGUGAAAUUGGUGUUGAAAGGAUCUUUAAUUGCGUUGUUUUCCAAUGAAGUGAAAAGGCAUGUUUCUGUGAUAAUUCUUCCCUUGCUAGACUGAUGCACACUGUAUGGAUGAAAAUAAUCACCAGCUGUCCAAUAUGAUUGUUUACGAAUGCUCACUAAUAAUAUGUUGCAAUUUCAAAGGCUAUGAGAAGGAUACAGGCUUUAUUAUGAAUCAGAACAUGUGAGCUUACAAGAUCGAUCUCUCAUCAUUUUUUUUUUUUUCCUUCUGAAUAAAUUCCAUACAUAUCCACAUUCUUACAAAAUAAAUAAAAAGUAGAUUGCAGCUUCGCUCCUGAAGUGAGUCAUAACUACACUAUGUAGUCAAUAAAUGUCUCCUUUCCUUCUUUUUUAUUUUUAUUUUUUUUAUGUAUAUAUUUUUCUUCCCUUUUGUGUGGCACCUUAGAAUGAAAUAAAGCUUCUCAAUAUUUCUCAAUGCUUUCCUAUGGACGCUCUGUGCGAUGGAUGCGAAAUUCGCAUCCAGCGUCGCAGAUGUGCCUCUAACGGCUGUCCGGAAGACAGCCACUAGAGGUUGGCUUAACCUCUAAUGUAAACAUAGCAGUUUUUCUGAAACUGCUAUGUUUACAUGUGAAGGGUUAAAACCUGAGGGACCUAGCACCCUGACCACUUCAUUGAGCUGGGUUACUAUAGUGUCCCUUUAAAGCACACCAUGAAGGCCAUGUUGCAGUCCAUCCUUGUGAAGUUGCUGCAUGUCAAUACUUUUUAGGUAUCUUUAUAUUACAUACUCUAUCUGUGUGAGCAGAGGAUGUCAUGUUGCUUGGUAGAAAUCUAUGGCAAAAGUAUAUCCCUUACUGUAAACAAGAUAAAGUGUUACCAAUACUGAAAUUAUAUUAAACAAAUAAAACCUUUUUUGCAGAUCCAUCUUUAAUUGGCAGCUACAGGCCUGUGUUCUCUAAAGUAAGUAUUGCAUCGUUUAUCUUGUGUAUUUUGAUCUAUUAUUAUUUUUUUAUUUUUUUUUUUUAUAUCCACGAGAUUAGAUUGUAAGCUGCCAAAAGAGGGCACCAAAUCCUAUUUUGACAAUAUGCACCUUGGAAAAUGUUGUUGAAGCAGUUUGACAAAACUCAGGGCUUCCAUCCUAUGGCUAGGCCCCUUAGUUGCAGUUUGGUUAAUCCUGAAGUGGACUUCUACAUUAGUUUUUAAAUAUUAAAAUGUAUUGGAGUGCACCCGCCAGAUCCAAGACUCUGCUGAAUCAGAGCGCUGCCUGCGAAGUUGUCAGUCUGAUGCUGAUGUCCACGUCGUCCUUCUCCAAGCUGCAGCAGAGGGCCUGUAAGACCUGGAUUUUGUCAAACUGCUGAAAGGCAACUUUACACUAAUAUGGGAGAUGGCACCAAAUAUUCUUACAAUGGCAAAAUAACCUCUACAGUCAGCUGUAAUGGUUAUGGUGUUUCCAGUGCCCUUGGAGUUCACUUUGGACGGAUUGACUAUAAAUAUAACGUAGGAACGCCCAUUCCUCUUGAAGCAUGAUAAAUCAAACAAAAAAAACCACACCUUUGGGGCUACCAGUGUUGCCUUCAAUACGAGCAAUUACACCGACCGUUAACUCUAGCACUUGUAAUAAAAUGAAUUCUCUCCGUCCUGGAACCAUACGUGUCUAACACAAUUCAUAAUUUAUUUAUUUUUAAAAAUUUUUUAGUACUUAGUUCUGUUUUAUUCCUAUUUGUGUUUUACCUGUUUCACAUUAGAAGCAUCAUAUCUCACCAACCUGAACAGCCCAUGUUGGGUCAUGUAAGACCAAAUGUAAAUGUGUAAAUGUCCCAUUAUAAAAGUGACUGUUGGAACAUACAUCAUUCUGCAAAUUCCACUGUCACGUAGCUUUAUUUUUUUUCUUCCUUUACUGUGAGUGUGUCUUAUAAUUUACUUUCCUUACACUGUCCUGAUGAUUCACACCAGUUUUAUCAAGGAGAUUUUAAUUAAAAUUGAUUUGUUUGAAGGGGAAAAAAAAUGAUAUUAGCAAUAGGAACUUUUGGGCUCUGUAAGACAGCAAUGGUUGGUCUUUAAUUCAUCACUCCCUGGAUGCCCCAGAGCCGCUCCGCUUCCCAGCAAACUAAGUAGAGAUUGAAAUCUACCUUUAUUAACAGCUGAAAACACUGCACAGCUUUGAAAUUAAACGAAAACGUGUUUGGAAUGAACUCUGUACCAAGAAAAUUCACAGAAUCAACAAAUACACAUAAUAUUUGGCGACAUCAAGAUAUGGAUGAAUUUUUUCCCGAAGCCGUAAAAUGCCAGAUAUCGAUACACUGAUGCUGGGUGAUUAAUGGAUAUUUUUGGAUUCUUUUAUCAGAACACAGAAUCAUAAAGAACAUGAAAAUCUAAAUUACUUUUCUUAUAAUUUCCAUUAAUCUUGCCCAGUCACUGCCUUUAGUCAGAGAUUAAUAUAUAUUAUUUUUAUUAUUAAUAUAAAGUUACUUUGCUAUAGUAGUCAUCUUCAGUGCAUUUCUCAAAGAUCAUAUUGCACACCACAUUUCCAUGAAAGAACAAAAUGUAUAUAUAUAUUUUUGUUAGAUGGAAUCAGAAACCAGUUUAACUAUGAACUGGGUUCAGCUGUGAAUUGUCAGGAAUUCAAAGUGAAUUUCACAUAUUAGGAUAAAGCUGCAGAGCUGAAAACAUCUGUGAUUUGGAGGAUAUUGCCAAGGCUGGCUAUUAUUGCUUAAAAUUAGAAUUUUAUUAUAUAAUUUAUACUUCAUUCUCCACAUAUCUUGCUUUCAGAGGAUAACCCUGCCAGAUGGUUUGUGACAAACAAAUAUAAUUUACUGGCAAAACCAUGAGCAAACAUGUUUAUUAAUGGGAAACUAUGGCAUACAAUACAGCUUUAUUACAUUUUUCAUAUAAUUAAUAAUAAAAAAAUAAAUGAUAUAUGUAACGCGCUAUGGAAAUCUAAAUACUUAUGCCACAUUAGAUUUCCAUAGCGCGUUACUAUGGUAACAAUACACAAUGAUGUUAUGUUUGGCCGCGUUUCUAUGACGACGGCUGCACACACAUGAUGUCACGUUUGGGGGCGGAGUUAGCCUCGCACAUGCGCACAUUUCCGUGUUAGACACCGGUCACAACACAGAGCACCUGGGGUGAGUCUAUUUACAUUUUAUUGAUAGAUAUAUAUAUAUAUAUAUAUAUAUGUGUUUUGUACAUUAUCUGUAUAAUACUGAUGAAAGUCCUCAAGUAGGACUGAAACGUUGAUUCUUUUAACUAGACUGAUUAAAAGUUAUAUUUUAUGGAAUCCGUGAGUGCAGCCUUCUAUUACAGCCAUUUGGAUGUUUGGAGCCCUGGUAGUGCACCCGGUCUUGGAAAUUGGAGUCUGAUACAGUUGUUGUUUUUGUAAUUGGGAGUGUGGGCUCAUUCCACUCCAUCCUAUGCACCGACUAUUUUUUGCUAGUGAAUUGCUGUGACUAGUAUCUCAGCAUUCCUUGAUUUAAAGCCAUAGUAGCCAUUCAUUACAAUGUUUUGUAAAAAUAUAUUUUUUUUCAUCAUGGACGAAUUUUUAGUGCAGGCGGGGGCAUACUCUGAACAGGCAGAGACAUUUAAUUUUUCUAAAGAAGAAGCUAUUAUAGCACCAGUCCAGCUCAGAACUUCCUCAUCAUCUUACAGUAUGUUGUUACGUCUCCAUAGAAAACAAGUAGAUUUGGACCUUUUCCUAUCAGGCUAUUACAAAGCCAAGCAAAUCUCCAGGGGAUUCAGAAUUCUGAAUGUUCCCACAAUUGGAAGAUCUAAAGCCACGAUCUGCAGGAAUUGGACACAAGUAUUAAAUAGAGCAUCACUUGAUUUAAUGCUCAUUAUUCUAAAAGAUGUAAAGACGGACCAAGUAGAUACCAAUCAAAAAAUCCUUGAUUUGGAGACAGAGCACGCAGUGCUUUUGGCUACGCCUGAAGGCCUAAGGGCUAUACAAAAACUUAGAGAAGAAGUUCUAAAAUACAAGACAGAACUUGAGAGAGUAACCCAAGAUUACUUGGAUCAUAGGGUAUAUGGGUGGCUCACUGGUAAUACUGGUGCCUAUAUACCAAGGAGGCAACGUAAGGAUUCAACGGCCUAAGGUCCCAACGGUUGAUAUAACCUCGGGUGAAUCAGCCUCUGAUACAGAUACUAAUAAUACUACACAAGACACCACAGCACUUUUUUUUUUUUUUAGGUCCACCGGAAGCAGGCACGGUAACCAGGAGCCGAAACAGAGGCGAUGCAAACCAAGAACAAGGAGAGGCCAUAAAGGGAAGAAUGCCUGUGCAGGGGAAACCUCCACGCAGGAGAUAAUCCCCAUAUUCAACUUGUCCCACAGACCCCUUGAUGCAGCAGAGAUAGACCUACUCAGUAAAGGCCUAUGAUUUGUGCCUACAUCAAAGUCAGAUAUAUUUAAAUGGAAGAUUGAAUUACAUAAAUUUGUGCGAGUUAUGAGACUCAAGGAACAUUUUUCUAAUAUAGCUGAACGCGGUAUUGAAACCACAGAUGUUUUUAGGGCCAAGUCUACUUUUGACCCUGUAUCCAAUAAAGAGUCCAUCAAAACAUUCCUCACCAUGACAAAUAGGGAUGUCCAAUCCCUUAUGCAACAGAACAAAGUAUGAAACACAAUAUCACUAAACAACAAGGAAAAAUCAUAAAAUAAUUAUCUGAAGAUCCAUCAAUUAUCAUCCGCUCAGCGGACAAGGGAGGUGGGAUUGUCAUUAUGGACUACUCAUACUAUGCUAAUGAACGUAAGACCCAACUAUCUGACAGGACAACCUAUGCAUCAUUGGAUGAGGAUCCUACUAGGAAUAUCCAGACUAAAAUCGAGGAUAUUCUAUCCAUGGGUCUAAGAGCGGGCUAUAUUGACCUCACCAAACCAUUCCCACGUACUCCUAUUAUACACUCUAUCCCUAAGAUCCACAAGGACCCCAAUACACCGCCAGGACACCCCAUAAUCUCCGCCAUCGAUGGCAUCUUGGUGGAGCCUAUUGCAAAAUGGCUUGAUUACCUUUUACAGGGUCCAGUUGGGCAAUUACAUACCUGUAUUAAAGACACUCAAUCUCUCAUAACCAACAUCAAUAAAUUACGAUACAGUGACCAUAGACCAGUUCUAAUAACCAUGGAUGUACAUAGCCUAUACACGGUGAUUCCGCAUGAAGCUGGUGUUAAAGCUAUGCGACAGGUUUUAACUCGAUCCACAGCCUAUCAUGGCCCCCCUAUAGAAUAUACAUUGGAACUACUCACUUUGACCCUACAGAACAACUAUUUCCGAUUUGAGGACAGCUGGUACCUUCAGGUGUCAGGUACAUCAAUGGGGGCGGCAAUGGCACAGAUGUACGCCAACGCCUACAUGUAUAUCUAUGAGGAAGAGUAUAUAUUAGAGAAAUACCAACACAAUAUAUUGGCUUACUACAGAUUCAUCGACGAUUUGCUCAUUAUAUGGAGUGGAACAAGCGAAUCAGCACAUGAAAUGGUUCAUGACCUCAAUCUUCUCCCAACACCUGUGAGAUUUAUUGCAGACAUCAGCACCAAGAAAGUGCAUUAUCUGGAUUUAGAAAUCACAUUGGGGGCAACAAGCCUACAGUAUUCUCUAUAAACAAAACCUAUAGACAGAAAUACACUUCUCCAUUACCCAAGUGCACAUCCCAGGGCUCUGAAAAAUUCACUACCUAAGGCACUGUUCCUAAGAGUGAUUAGGGACAAUUCGGAUAUGGCAAUUCUGAAUACCCAGAUCCUUGAAAUGAAAAGCAAAUUUCUACAAAGAGGCUAUGGUAGGCACAUCCUUGACAUAGCGCUACAAGAAGCACGAAGUGCAUGCGCUGUUGAAGUAAGGAAUAAGCCUUCUAGUUUGGUUUUCCCAAAGCUAUAUCAUCAAUCCACUCUCCAAGUGGCAUCGGCAGUCAGGAAGAAUUGGAGGAUAUUUUCUUGCGAUGACCCACUCCCAAAAGUAUUUAAAGAAAAGCCAUAUAUGUUAUAAAAGGAACAGGAAUCUGAAGGACGUUAGUCCAUAUGGACCCCUCCCAAAGUUAUAUGAAAACAUCGAAGGAGCAAAUAAGAGGGUCGGUUAGAUGCCUUGGUUGCGUGACUUGUAGCCAUAUGACACCUGCAGGAACUUUCAGUCAUCCUCAUAACAACAGAAAAUAUACUAUCAGAUAUACCAUCACCUGUAAGACGACACAUGUGAUUUAUAAACUAUGUUGCCCUUGUGGCUUGUUCUAUACUGGGAAGACGGAGACGGCCAUCUGUGAACGGAUCGGGGCCACAGAUCGGCUAUUCGACUGGCAUACAGAGAUAGCUGCUCAGACAAACCUGUUGCAAAACAUUUCUUUGAAUUAAAACAUCCAUUAGCUACAUUAAAAUUCCUGGCGAUUGAUCACAUCCCUGCCCCCUAGGAGAAGGGGUGAUCGGAGGAAGAUGCUCCUGAACAAAGAGGCAUACUGAAUACACUAGUUGGGCACAGUGUCCCCAAAAGGACUAAAUGAAGCUUUGUCUUUACACUCUUUUGUGUAGUUUGAACCCAUACAGUCUUUAUGUCCCCUAAUGCUAUUUAUUUUAAUGUUUUUUUUUUCUUUACGCUUUUCUUUCUAUUAACUGCUGAUUUAAAAAAAAAAAAAAAAUUUGUGUUGUCCUCAGCUUAGAAGCAAGUAUUUUAGGUAUCAGGAACUAUUUUAAGUGUUUAAUACACAAUGCCUGAUAUAAUAAUAUUUUUAGCUAAUAUUCAGAAUAUGUAUUCCUUAAGCGACAGAUGUAAGUUUACUAUCUAGUUUAUAACCUUUUUUUCUUUGUGAAUAUAACAAGCCGUUGCAAGCUGUUUUAUUUUAAAUUGACAUUUUUUGUUCUUUAAAUUGAUAAUGUUGUUUUAAUAAGGUGGCACAAUACCUUAUUCAGCACUAGAGCACUAUAUCACUUUAAUAAUUGUCACUUACAUAGUCAUAGCACUUUAUAUAGUGAUGGAUUUUGCACUAACACUUGAACAGCAGUAAGCACUUUACUUCCAUAUAUUGUUUUCAACACAUUAUCUCUUAUGAUGCCCUUCGGUGUUUCACCACUCAUAUAAUGCCUGUCCACACAAUAUUUUAUAGUAACACUAGCAUGUGUGAUUAUAAACUUAAGCCACAUUAGAUUUCCAUAGCUCGUUACUAUGGUAACAAUACACAAUGAUGUUAUGUUAGGGGGCGGGUUAGCCCCCGCACAUGCGCUUAGGAUAGAAUCCUGAUUGCAACACUUCAUGUUUGGGCGCAUUUCUAUGACAACGACGCUUUUAUGUCAUGUUUGGGGGCGGAGUUAGCCUUGCACAUGCACACAUUUCCGGGUUAGAUGCCGGUCACAACACAGAGCACCUGGGGUGAGUCUAUUUACAUUUUAAAGGACCACUCUAGGCACCCAGACCACUUCAGCUUAAUGAAGUGGUCUGGGUGCCUGGUCCAGCUAGGGUUAACCCUUUUUUUUUUUUUUUAUAAACCUAGCAGUUUCAGAGAAACUGCUAUGUUUAUAUUAGGGUUAAUCGAGCCUCUAGUGGCUGUCUCAUUGACAGCCGCUAGAGGCGUUUGCGCCUUAUGAAUGCUUUCCUAUGAGACCGGCUGAAUGCGCGUGCAGCUCCUGCCGCACAUGCGCAUUCAGCCGAAGAGGAGGAUCGGAGGCGGAGAGGAGGAGGAGGAGAGCUCCCCGCCUGGCGCUGGAAAAAGAGGUAAGUUUAACCCCUUUCCUUGCCAUCCAGACCGGCGGGAGUGGGACCCUGAGGGUGGGGGCACCCUCAGGGCACUAUAGUGCCAGGAAAACGAGUUUGUUUUCCUGGCACUAUAGUGGUCCUUUAAUGCUAUAUAUAUAUAUACACACACACACACUGUCUUUUGUACAUUAUCUGUAUAAUCCUGAUGAAAGUCCUCAAGUAGGACUGAAACGUUGAUUCUUUUAACUAGACUGAUUAAAAGUUAUAUUUUAUGGAAUCCGUGAGUGCAGCCUUCUAUUACAGCCAUUUGGAUGUUUGGAGCCCUGGUAGUGCACCCGGUCUUGGAAAUUGGAGUCUGAGUGCAAGAUACAGUUAUUAUUUUUUAUGUAUAUGUAUAUAUGUAUAUGUGUGUGUAUGUAUAAAAUAGAAAAUAUAGGUACUCAUUAUAAUUUUAAUCUCAAAAUGAAGCUGUCUGUAGACCCAUCCUACACCAGGAUUAAACUCUCAAUCAGGAACAUCUGGAAUCUGAUCUUAUCCCCUAAACUUCUGUCCAUUAGCGGUUUAUGGGAUACCUAGCACAUCCUCAAAUAUCAGUUCCACUCAUCAGUAAGGAUAGCAGCCAUACCACAGCUGCCAACCGUUUAUUAAUAACCUAGCUCACUCUUCACUACUUUCAGCCCAAGCUGUAUGUACAGAAUGUAAACACUGCACGCAAUAUUCGGACAAAAUUCACCCUGAACAACCAGAACUUUGAGACCCAUUGGUUUAGAGCAACCAAAUAGGUUAAAAGAUAUGAUCACCCAAAAGAUCAUGUGUGCCUCUUCCUAGAUUGCUGCCUGAAAUGAUCAGAUACAUACGCAAACUGUUUGAACACUAAUGUAUCACAUAAAGGUUCCAUUUCCAGUGAUAAUGUAUCUAGUUUGCAUAGUGUAGAGAUGAUUUCACACUUGGCUGGAGCAUGUUCUUUUAGUUACAAAAAUUGAAAUACUUUUUAUCGAAUUUUUUUGUUUUUAGGCAACUGUAUAAGUGCAUUGCCAAAAUGAGCAUCCGUAUAAACUAAGACCUAUUGUAAUAGUGUAUAAUCGUGGUGUUGCAGGUCACUGUGCACUACAUUUCUUUAGGUAGGUGGAGCAUCCUGGGAAAUGUAGUUCAAUAAAACCUGCUCUGCUGUCUUUGGGCAUUACUGUCUCCUACUGUGUCAUUAUGAUACCAGUCUUUAGUAUAUCUACUACCUCUGUAAGGCGAGCCUGUUCUUCUCCAGUUUUAUGCUAGAGAAAUUCUAAUAAUAAUAAAUAUAUAUAUAUUUUUUAAUAAGUAUGUUUAUUUUUAUUUUCUCAAAGGACUUACAUUUCUAUAUAAUAUAUGAAAUUGGGAUGCCUUUACAGUAAAGUGUAGCCCACGAUCAAUAAACAUAUAAAAUACUUAACGUACUGGUAUUGUACAGCGCUACGGAGUUUAGCGCUUUAUAAAUAAUAAUAAUCUUCUGUAAAUAUGGUUCAACAUGGGUAGGAACUUGGAUCCACAAACCUUUUUAUAUAAACCUCUGUACUCUAUCUGAAGGCCAAAAAUCCCAAGUGCGUUGUAUUAAAAGAAAAAGAAAAUAUUUAUGGCGUGCUGUCAGAUUUAAGAGCAGCUGAUUAAUGUUUCUAUUGCACAGCUCUGUUGAUCUCAGUAGGCUGAAAGGGAGCGUUAACACUCCCAGUAACAGAACCCAUGGCCCUACAUUUACACUCAUUGUUAGGAUUAGAGUCUGGGUGUUAUCACUCCAACGCCCACCAGACACUACUAUAUUUACUUAAAACAAUAACAAGUUUUAGUGUUAAAUAAAAAGUCUAUAGUCUGGCUGAAAAAGAGAGGUAUAGAAAUGCAGCAAGGAUGAACAUGAAAAGGAAUUGGCGUUUGUCAGGUCACAGACUAAGUGAUGGGAGUUAUAGUCCAGAGCUUCUCUUGUGUCUCCAUUAGCUUAGACUGCUUUUCACAGGGGUUCAGGAUUACACCUGUAGAUUAUAACUACAUUCCUGUCUUAUAAAUACAGAGUAGUAGCUGCAUCUUUCAAACUGCGCUCAGCAUUUUGAACACUCAGUUUUGAUAGCGAACCGUGGGGUUUUAUUGCAAGUCUCAUGGCCAGACUUCUGUGACCCUAUUUCUCAGCUACGUUAAGCAGAAAGUUUGAUAUGCAAUGUGUGGUGUUUCCAGGUGCAUUCUAGUCUUUGAAGGCCCCGUUUUAACUACUGCAGGUGAAUUGCAGCGCGUGUUGUGGCAGAUGUUUAAAUUUUAUAAGUCAGAAAGGCUCCACAUGCCUAAUUAAAUUUCUGCUUGCAUUUCCUUUUUCUUAAUGGCUUCUAGUUCUAAACCAUUUCUUCCUGUUUACAGAUUACUAAGAAGCAACACAUGGAUGACCUUGAGGGGUCCUUGGAUAGCUUAAAUGACCAUCUGCUUUCAGAGCCAGCUGGCAAGAUGUCUCUUUCUUCGAGGCUUUCACUGUCGCACUCUGCGCCAUCAUCCAUGCAGAAACGCCCACCAAGUCCAGUCCUAAGCCGAUCCUCACUCAGGGACAGGUAACUUAUAAAGGUGCCCCGAAUGAUAAAAUGCCUUCUGCUAGCACGCCAAAAUGUUCAAAGCAACUACUGCGCUACCGGCAUUGUAAAUAAAUCACUCUAAAUGUCUUGUUCCCAAAGCAAUAGAUUUAAAUUUUGUAUUAAGAAUGUUUAAUACACAUAUUUUCUAGAGAUUUUGUUAAAGGGACAUGCUGUAGUGGUUAUGGUGCCAGCAGUCCCCAGGCACCAUCCAGCGGUAAUCUGUCAAACCGUUUACAUACGGCAUGACACUUACCUUGCUGUGUCGGUGCCUGACGUCCUUCUGGUUUUGAGUUCCUCUGGUAUCAUACUAUAUCACAUACUGUUCAAGACUCUAGGUUGUGAAAAAGCACAAAAAAGAGCCAUGUGAAAUGGCAAGGGCCAUACAGAGAUACCGCUGUGUGUUUUUUCUUUGCCCUCUCUGGCUAUUCCCUCAUAUAUAGUAGUAAUAAACAUGCACUGCCCAGGCUGGUAAUUACCCUCUUAAUCCGUAGUUUAUUUCGCUCACACAUAUUUUACAGAGUAGAACGAAGUAUCCAUUUGUUUAAUAUCAGUUCCUUUGUUAUACGUGUAGCUAUAUACCUUUUCACUCCUUUACAUCAGCACUGGUUUUCUCCCACACAUUUCUGCUACAAAUCUUCGGUCUUCUCAUUACCCACCCUCUAUUUACACUCCCGUCUGUCGUUCUUCUCCCCAGCCUUUGUAAAGGUGAAGUGAAUAAGAAAGGCAAUUUCCCCUAGAAUUCUGUCUUACACUUCCCCAGCUACCAAGAUGUAUCUGUCUGUCAGGUCAGGAAAUUGACUUUUAGCUCAUCCAACCAAGCACUGCUAUAAAAAUUCAAAUUAUUGUGUGUUCAAACUAGUGCUUGUGUAUGUGUAAUCUCUAUUUAAAGAAUAAGUGUAUGUGUGGCAUAUAUACAUAUUAUUUUUCAAAUGUGUUGGAUGCAGUUAAAGAGACAGAUUAUGUCAUGUAUGUCGGUGUUUCUGCUGAAUAAGAAUCAGGAAAACAAUGUAAAAUGUAUUGUACGUUUUAUCAAUACAAAUAUUUAUUAACUGUUAAAUAUUAUGCUAGUUGCGACAUAUUUAAUGUUUUUAUAUUAUGUUAGUGAUUUUUUUUUUGUUUUGUUUGUUUUUAUGUUGCCAACUGUCAACAUUUGCUUGGUGAUCCAAAAAAAACUUGUUUGAUACCUGAUCCAGAGACUCCAUUACUAACACAGAUUGUAAUUGUAUGGGCAUGGCUGAUGGUGAAUGCAGCAAGGAAAGGUAUGAAGUCUGUUAGAUAUGCCAGGGUCGGCUAUCUAUGGAGCGGGUAAAUGAACAACGUAGGCUGGAAAAUGUAACAGGAACAAGCUGUUUGGAUACAGCAAGAGGUGCAACCUGGCCUGGACAGCGGGACAGGGCGAGCUGAGUACAUGGAUAGGAACAGGCUGGGCUAGGCACAGAUAGCUGGUGCUGGGUACAGGCGCGGGAACAGGAUCUUGAAAAAGACUUACUGAGGUUGAAACAUCAAUCAUGUACGCUCACUGUUCUGAAGACAUGAGUGCACAGCAUUGUUAUUAUCAUUGUUUGCAUUUUAACUCAAUCUUAACGGGAACAUAUCGAUCUUUGAAACCUUUAUAUUUUUUUCUAAGAAAGAGUGCUGAGCAUCUUUUUGAGUCCUAUAUAAUCACUAAGUAGAAAUAGUGUAGAUCCGUGGUUUGUGUUGUGGCUACAUUUUAUAAUUGUCUUUCAGCCAAUGUAUUUACUCCACUUUCAAUUCACUUUCAACAUGCUUCUGCUUCCACUUAUAUGGAUAUGUAUAAUAUAUGCAGUUUCAGCUGUGGUCAAUCUCUAUGGACACAUUGCGAAAUCAUUGCUCGUGCCAGUGUCC